AUGUCGCUCGAAGAGAAUAAUGGCACAACAGUUUACAAGCGGACCUGCCUGAUUCUACCGCCCCAGAUGAGUUCCAGGGGCAUAUGGGUGGGCCAUCACGGGGAAUUCAUCCAAAGCCCUCUGCCAACUCUGCUGAUGCAAAUGUGCAUUGUUUUUUUUGGGACCCUCUUCUUCCACUGCUUACUCACUCGUUUAAGAUUCCCCAGAUUCACUUCCAUGAUCAUCAUGGGCUUAGUCCUAGGAAAUACCUUUGGCAAAACAAGUGUCGAAAAGGUUAUUUUCCCCUUUGAUUCACAAGAAACCUUGGGAUUAAUCUCGGUGUUUGGUUACAUUAUGUUCCUCUUUUACAUUGGAGUUAAGACAGAUAUAAGCAUGGUUCAUAAAACAGGAAGGAAGGCCAUAAAUGUUGGAGCUGUCGCUAUAUUGGCUCCGUUUGGGUGCGGCAUGUUGGCCCAAUAUUAUGUCUCCUCAAAAUACGUGGAUUCAAGGCAGUAUGCAAAACUUCCAUUCAUAAUCGCCAUAUGUUCUAUAUCCCCCUUCCCAGUCAUAUCCUCUGUGUUGAGUGAUUUAAAGAUCAUGAAUUCCGAGUUGGGGCGACUGGGGCUGUCAUCAGCACUAGUGAGCGAGACAAUAAGCAUAUUAUUGUCGCUCGUGGUUGGCUUCUACAACAACAUGAUGAAUGUGGGGAUAAUAAGAGCUUCAGCAGAUAUGGGAGCCGCAUUGUUGUUCGUUCUAUUUCUCGUGUUCAUCCUUCGCCCCUUGAUGUUUUGGAUUAUUAAAAGGACACCAGACGGCUGUUCUGUUAAUGAUCACUAUGUUUAUUGCAUACUUAUAAUAGCUUUGAUAUCAUCCUAUGCCUCCCAUCAGUUCAAUUUCUUGGCCCUGUUUUGGCCUUAUAUCUUGGGUUUGGCCAUCCCUGAAGGACCUCCUUUAGGGACUGCCAUUAUUAAGAAGCUUGACAUCUUUGUGACUGGCAUUUUCAUGCCGCUCUUCGUGACCACGUGUGCAAUAAGGGUAGAUCUCCAGCAAUUCAUGAACAUUAGGAGGGCAGAUGGAAAAGUUGACACAUUUAUGCUGCAAGUAUCCCUCCUCGUUAUCAUUACUUUUCUUACCAAACUUGUUUCUUGCUUCUUAGUUCCCUUAUAUGGUAAGAUGCCCUGGAAAGAUGCCAUGACUCUCUCGCUCACUUUGAACUGUAAGGGAAUCGUUGAAAUGGCCACAUGCUCCUUCAUCAGAGACAUCAUGGGUUUAUCGGAUAACGUCUUCUCUUUCCUGAUGGCAUACAUAGUUGUGAAUGCAACAAUCUUGCCGAUCUUGAUGAGCUUUAUGUAUGAUCCUUCAAGGAAAUAUGCAGGUUACACGAAAAGGAAUGUCGAGGAUUUAAGAAGCAACUCUGAGCUUCGAGUAUUGACUUGCAUUCACAGACCUGAUAAUAUUCCCCCAUCAAUUAGCCUUCUUGAGGCAAUAUACCCAACCAAUGAAGAGCCACUCGGUGUCUUCGUGCUUCACCUCAUUGAACUAAUAGGCAGAGCAACCCCCAUUUUCAUAUGCCACCAGUUGCAAAGGAAGUCCAAAACUAGAAGCUCCUUCACCGACAAUGUUCUCGAUGCUUUCGGGAGCUUUGAGCAAGAGUUUCAUGGGGCAUUAACAACGAACACCUUCACGGCCGUAUCACCGGCGGAGAUGAUGAAUGAUGACAUCUGUCAUCUAGCACUCGACAAGUUGACCUCCCUCAUAGUGCUCCCAUUUCACCAAAAAUGGUCAUCGGAUGGGAAUAACGUUGAACUAGAUGACAAGUCCAUAAGAGACCUGAACCACAAUGUGCUAGACAAAGCACCAUGCUCGGUGGGAAUCUUAAUAGAGAGAGCACAAAUGUCACACAUGUUCUCACCGGAGACACCCUACUCAAUAUGCUUGAUAUUCAUAGGAGGAAAUGAUGACAGGGAAGCAUUUUUUAUAGCAAAGAGAAUGACAAAGAACCCACACGUGAGGCUGACGGUGAUACAAUUCAAAGGCGAGAAAGAGAGGAAGGAUAUAAAAGAUUGGGACAGGAUGCUGGAAACAAAGAUGCUAAAGGAGGUGAAGGAGAAGCAGAGAAUAGGGGAUGCGAGAGUGACGUACAGAGAAGAGACGGUGAAAGAUGGACCAGAGACGGCUCUAAUAGUAAGGUCGUUGGUGUACAAGUAUGAUCUGAUAAUAGUAGGGAGGAGAGACGGAAUAGAGAGUGUGCAUACUUCAGGGCUGCUGCAAUGGAGCGAGUACCCUGAACUUGGGGUUCUUGGGGAUUUGCUUGCCUAUAUACCAGGCAGGGCUUCUAUCUUUGUCAUUCAACAACAAAGAAUGGCUUCCCAGUUAUAG